CGGCAAACGUUCAUGAAUCAUAAACCUUAGCGCCAUCUCGCACCACUCCUUCGAACAUUGCAAAAUAAAACAACCCCAAAGGCCCACAAUCACCCAAAUCCCCAAUUUUGUCAUCGCCCCAAAAUUGUAAAUCACCCCAUUGUCACCACAUGUCACAGUGACAGCUAACCUCAAACAACUGUCACAGUGACAGCUAACCUCGAAAAUGUCAUCUCAUUUACAAGGGGGCCGCGUUGACAUAUCCCUCAUCCAAACGGCGGCCCGUAACAACCUCAUCACCCUCCUGGAGAAAUGCCCAGGCCCCAAAGCCAUCGUUUGGGACAACUCGCUUGCGGGCCCCGUGGGACUCAUCGCCCAAUACGCAGUCUUGAAGGAACAUUCGGUCACUAAAAUGUUCCCCCUGCGCCCCACACCACUCCCAGAAACAGACGUAGCCCACGUUAUCUUCAUAACGCGCCCCAAACUGCACCUAAUGGACUUUGUGGGCUACAACGUCCACGCCGACUGCAAGACCAAAACCGGCUCCAAAAAGCAAUACCACGUGUUUUUCGUCCCGAAAAAGAGCCUCCUGUGUCUGGAGCGCCUCAAGCAUAACGGAGUGUACGGCAGUGUGAGUUUAGUUGAAGAGUUCCGCUGUGAGUUAUUCCCGUUUGACUCCGAUGUUGUCUCGAUGGAAAUUUCUGAAGUUUUCCGCGAGUACACGCUUGAAAACGACCCGACUUAUUUGUACCAAACGGCACAGGCGAUCAUUUUUUUGCAAAAAUUGUACGGCCCCAUUCCGCGCGUGUGGGGCAAAGGCCCGGCCGCGCGCCAGGUGUGGGAGCUGGUGACGCGGCUCCAGCGCGAGAAGAACGCCCCCUUGAAGACGAAUCAGACGUCCACCAUCGACCAGAUCCUGCUGAUUGACCGCGGGGUGGACCUGAUAACCCCCUUGGCCACGCAACUGACCUACGAGGGGCUCAUUGACGAGAUUUUCGGCAUAAAUAACUCGACUGCCCAGUUCCCCAUUGACAAUUUCUUGAGCAGCGAAGAGCGCACCUCUGAGUCGCUCUCCGAAGACAAGAAACAAAUCAUCUUGAAUUCAGCCGACAAGUUAUUUGCCGACAUCCGCGAUAAGAAUUUUAACGCCGUGGGGGCGUUUUUGUCGAAGCAGGCGAAGGCGAUCAGUGUGCAGUUGGAUAAUAGUCAGGAGCGGUCCGUGCAAGAGAUGAAGUUAUAUGUGCAGAAGCUGCCGCAGAUUUUGGCCAAGAAGAAGGCUUUGGCGCAUCACACGGCCAUUGCGGAGUGCAUUAAAGAAGUGACUGAUGGUUACGAAUUUUUGGACACGCUACAAACGGAACAGGAGUUUUUGAAUUGCAUUGAAGUGGAUAAAGCUAGUCCGUAUAUCGAGGAUUUGAUCGCACAUGCCAAGCCUCUGGUCAAGGUUUUGAGACUGAUUUGUUUGCAGUGUAUUACCAGCUCGGGGCUCAAGCCCAAAGUGCUGGAGCAUUACAAGAGGGAGCUGGUUCAGGUGUAUGGCUUACAAGCGCUCCUCGCCAUCACAAACCUGGAAAAAGUGGGCCUUUUAAAGGUCCAAUCAGGAACCCGACAAUACACAGUCCUACGCAAAGCCCUAAGACUCACAAUGGAAGACACAUCUGAAAUAAACCCAACUGACAUAAGCUACGUACACAGCGUUUACGCCCCCUUAAGCGUACGCCUAGCCGAACAAGUAACGAAAAACGGGGGCUGGAAACAACUACAAGACGUUUUGGGGCUUUUACCGGGCCCCACACUUGACGAAACGCCCCCUAUCCCAAACUGUUUAGCCCCAAAUAACUCGGACACGCCGUCCGUGGUUCUGGUCUUUUUUAUUGGGGGCUGCACAUUUGCAGAGAUUUCGGCCUUGAGGUUUUUGUCACAACAAGAGGACUCGAACGUCGAGUUUGUGAUCGCGACGACGAAGCUGAUAAAUGGGACCAAUUUUUUGAAAUCUAUUAUUGAUGUGUAAAUAUUUUUUAUUUAAUUUUUCUAAUAACGUAUAGGGCUUUCAAGUAAAUUUCUGACUUAAGUUGGCAAUCUUAACUUUCAAAUGCAAACGCCAGUGUUGCCAAUUCAUUUUCACAGUCACGGGUUACUUGAUUGACAAUUAAAUGUAUAAAACCUUGUAAAAGUAAUAAUAAAUGUUUAAACCUUA